CGCAGCGACUUCGGGACAUUCGAGCAUCAUGAUCCUCUCAUCGACAUUUUUCGUGGUCCUCAGUCUACAGGUCCUUUUGGCACUCGCAGUACCGGCAGGAAAUGAAGAGGCACCAGAAUCGAGGGACAUUUACGACACGAUAGAGCAGGGCCUGGAGUUCAUCGGGGAGGGAAUCGGCGAGGGAAUCGUGGAAGGAGUCGGAGAGGCGAUCGGCAAGGCUCUACAAGGGAGAUUUCCCAUCCUCCCAUUCUUCCUCAGUGACCAUUACGUGAUCUAUUUACACCCAAAAUCCUUCCGUCAUCGUAAGAACGUCAUCGAUUUCCCUGAGAAAGGCGGCCAGUUUCAAAACACCCACGAUCUAAAAGGGCCCGAGUACCCCGGUCAAAUCGGGACUCUUGCAGCAUCCGAGGUCUCUGAAGAAAUUUUCCCCCACAUCGGUCCCAUCGAGCCGAUCGGCAUAGAUCCGGACAUCAUCGUCUUAUCCAUCAAUCGAUAUGCAACAGUUCGAAAUGAGAACAACGGAUCUCGAUUGAGUGCUGAACAGCACGCAGCUGUACGUAGGGAGCGUAGGGCCGUUCAGACCGCUGAACAGCAAGAGGCAGCUAAUGAUGAAGUCAGGAACAGGAGAGCCGUGCAGCCUGCUGAGCAACUUGAUGCAAGGAACGCAGUACUCGGGUGUCGAAAGCUGGGGGGCGGCCAGAAAUUGAACCGGGAACUCCUACUUGCUGGUUAG